AUGGGAGGACCAUCACGUUGCCCAGUAGUGAUGACAAAAAGCACAAAAGUUCGUGAACAAUAUCAAGAGAGCCACACAGUUUGUACGGAUAGCAAUGUGAAAGAUGUAGGCGGGACCAGUCAUUCAAUACAUGAAAAAUGUCAAGAGAUUCCUCCAGCCUUAAAGGGCAGCAAAUGCAAAGGUGCCACAAAUCAACGAAGGUCAAGUAGGCGAUUGGCAAACAGCAGGGGAGGGGGGAUGUUGAGCAGCAGUAUGUUUAACCUCCACAUGGGGAAGUUGUGGAGGAGUUUUAAAGGAGACAACUUGCACAAUUUCAUCACCCUGGACUGCAUGUGGUUUUUUAUGUACACAAAAGAAGUGUACAAAGGGAACGUGCUGAAGUGGAUUGAUGAAUUGAACAUAUUCUCAAGGAAAUAUGUGUUUAUUCCUAUAGUCCUCUGGUUUAUGAGGGAUAUUUAUGAAUUAGGAACAAUGCCCAAGCAUCCAGCAUUGAUUGAGAAACUGCCUUUGCUAGUGCCUAAGAUGAUAAAACAGUAUAUUGUGUUGGUUGAUGGUAAUUACUGGUUGAUAUGUUCAGUAUUUCAUGUAUUUGUUGUGACCGAUAAAUGCACUCACCAAGUCCCUCAACAACGGAACGACAUGGAUUGCGAAUAUUUUGUACUGUAUUAUAUAACCAAGUUUGUGGAAGUUGCCCCAGAAGAUUUUUCAAUCAACGACGAGUAUCCUUACCUUAUGACGCAUGAUUGGUUUACACUGGCUGAAUUUACAACCUUCCAUGACAAACUGUUGUGUGAAGUUGAAUAG